AUGCCAUUUGCCCUCUCCGGCAGCCACCGAAAACAUUUGCGUCGAGUGAGCACACUGACAUCGUCAAGAGAGCGUCUGCCAGGUAUCCGAUUGGUCCGGGGCCCCGCGCCUUUGGGUGAAACAAGCUUUACCAAGCUUUUCGCGUGGCUUCGUGGUGUGGAGGUGACAUCCGGGGACAAUGACCAGGCCCAGCGUCACCGACUGGGCAGUCGUCUCUCUCCGCAUUUUGGGGGGAAACUAUGGUCAGACCCAUUCAACGAACUGGCUGGACCUCGAAUAGAAGCAAUGGAGAUCAGGCGAGAGGACCCGGAUCUUGCAUUCCGGCCUGAUGGGUUCUGCAAGUCUCCAGACAAUCCCCGCCACGGGUGUGGAGAGCGGGUAGAGCGGGAUGUAAAGCGUGUGUCUUGCAGAUAUCACCUUGAUCUUUUGUUGCUGCGCGAAUCCCGGGCCUUUGGCUGUCUGAAACAUGUCUCUCGCCAUCUCCGCUAUCUCAUCAAGGUUCGUGAUACCGGAUCGAGGCGAUACAGCGAGGGAAUGAAUUCGCGGUCAAAUCCCGCAGAGGAUAGCUACAAGCCGGUGGCGGGCUCGAUCUUCGUGUCCAUCACCGUAAACAAGAACCUCUGGGGCUAUGGUUUCAGCAAAGUCAUCACCCUAUGGGUUGAAAAGGGUGGGUUUGUCAAACCGAUCAUGCUGAACAUGUGCUUGGCGGUGCUGUGGUGUCUCUGCGCAAUCCCCUUCUAA